UGAACUUUUGCGUGAGGCAUGAAGACAAAGAGUCCCGCGCAUCAUAUUUUUUUUGUGACACGGUGGGCGGUUCAGUUUUAGUCCUUCAAAAAGCCCCCUGUACGAAGAAAGACAGACAGACACGGAAAGAGAGCGACAGACAGAGAGAGAGGGAGAGAGAGAGAGUGGGCAAAUCCACGGCACCGUGACGCACAGGUCAGCGCGUCUCCUGCAGUGAUGCUCCAUUGACUCAUUUAUCCAGAGCGAAGCAGCGCGGCUCAGGACACUCUCCUGCCAUGGACUCUCUCGGCGGUCUUCUCUUACGGAUAUCGGUGCUUCUGUACGGCUCCUGCGGCGUUCUGUCUCUCUUACCGGAAAUAACGGAACCCGAGUUCAUCCGCAGGUGUGUGCUGGCGCAUAACGCGCAGCGCUCGCGCACCUCUCCACCUGCGGCCAGUGCGCGCUCAAUGUCCUGGGAUAAUGAAUUGGCCAAGGGUGCAAGAGACCGAGCAAGACACUGUAAGGCCUCUCAUCACCCUGGGCUGGCACAUUUCGGGCACCCGCUGUUCGGGUGGAUGGGUGAGAACAUCUGGCUGGGGGCUCCGUUUUCAGCCUUCUCGGUGGAGAACGCCAUACACAGAUGGAGCAAAGGAGGAGCUUACUCACUCAAAAAUAACAACUGCUCUCGCUUGUGUGGCCACUACGCACAGUUAAUGUGGUCUACAAGCUUCAAGCUGGGCUGUGCUGUAAAUGUGUGCUCUAAAGGAAUUGAAAACUUCUCCAGUCACCCAGAAUCCACUAUUUUUGUGUGCAACUAUGGCGACACGGGACACGUUCAUGGUGUUACUCCAAAUAUAGCAGGUGUGUCCUGCAGCGGUUGUGGGUCAGAGAUCUGCCGAGACAACGUCUGUAGAUAUGACUGGUUCCCUGGGUGGGACUAUGGCCCUCCCUCUUCAGCCUACAGUAUUUCCUAUUGGCUAAUUAAUCUUGGACUGUGUCUACUAGGAGUUUGCUGGCUACUCCACUUUUAUGAAACACAUUAAUGUCAUCAUGUGAACCUGUUAUCUAAUGUCUCAAAUUUGAACCUUAAAAUUUGCAUCUCUCCAUAAUUUCGUUGGAUAUAAAAUUAGCAAUCACUGAAAUAAUAAGAAGAAAUCUGUCUAUAUAUAUAUAUUUUAUACUCUUACUGCUUGUCUUCUGUGUGAUUUUCUAGCCUUCAGACUCAACCUCAUUUCGAAAGUGUGUUACAACCUCUUAGGAUUAUGAAGCGUGAAUAUGAGUGUGUGUGAUAGUGAAGAUACACAUCAGUACAGUGCCUGUUGUGUGUUUCACACACAUAUAAGCAACGUAGUCACGACACAUUCCUGAUGAUUUUACAGUCACCAUGGAAAUGGGUGCACGUAUAGCACACUGUAGGCCGUGAGUGAGAACAGCUAUGAGUCACGAGUUACAAAUUAUAUUUUGAAGUAGUUGUGUGUUUAUUUUUCUGAGUAAUUAAUCAGCAGUGCUCUAUUAGUGCAUGAGUAAUGUGUCAUUGAUGGUUAUAUUAUUUUAGGAUGUCUGUACACCUGGGCUAAUGACACAUAGGGAUGUCAGAGAUGAAGAAAAUGAGAAAUACUUUAAAAAUUUGGUUAAAAAUGCAUGAGUCAAGUUCUUAGACAAAAACAUUUAAUAAACAUGCUUCAUUGGUUUCUGAAAAAUAUCUAAACAUUUAAUGAUGGUCAAGUGCACUCAUUAAGUAAAAAUCAAUUACAUUUUUGUUAACACACUGAAUACAUGACAGAGUCAUUAAAUAAUAAUGAAUUGUUGAGUCUUGAA